AUGGCUAGCAUGAAAACCACCUUUCUACCUGCUCUUAUUUUCCUUGUUUUGCAAACAGAGUUUAUUUCACUUGAAGCUAUAUGGUCCAAUUCUAGUGCUGGCAACUCCACUGUGGGUUGCAUUGACAUGGAAAGGGAAGCCCUUCUUAAAUUUAAAGAAGGUCUUCAUGAUCCUUCAGGAACUCUUUCUUCCUGGGUUGGCGAAGAUUGCUGCAACUGGUUGGGAGUAGGCUGUAGCAAUCGAACAGGUAACAUUAUAAAACUCGAUCUCAAGAGGACAUUUUUCUGUGACAUGUAUUCUGAUAUUACAGAAUGUAUGAAGCACUCGUCUUUGGGUGGUGUUUUAUCUCCUUCUUUGCUUGAAUUAAAAUUUCUAAAUUACUUGGAUCUAAGCAGCAACUAUUUCGAAGAAAUUUCCAUCCCAAAUUUCAUUGGUUCUCUCAAUAAGUUGACUUACCUUAAUCUCUCCGAUUCAUGGUUUGGUGGAACGAUCCCUCCUCAAAUUGGGAAUCUUUCUAACUUGCUUUAUCUUGAUCUCUCCCCUUCACAGCCUGAGAAUUCCCUAACAGUUUCAAAUAUAAAUUGGCUCUCCGGUCUCUCUUCCCUAAAAUACCUCAAUUUGAAUAACGUGGACCUUUCCGAAGCAACAACUGAUUGGCUUCAAACUGUUAAUUUGCUCCCUUCUCUGUUGGAGUUGCACUUGCACAAUUGUGAACUUCAUUAUCUCCCUCAAAAUUUUCCCUCUGUCAACUUUACGUCACUUUCAGUACUUGAUCUCUCUGAUAAUGACUUCAACUCUUCUUCAAUUCCUCAAUGGGUGUUCAAUUUCACUUCCCUCACAAAUCUCCAACUUAGCUCUAGUAAUCUGGCAGGCUCCAUCCCUAAGAUUGCAAAGGGUAACCUAUGCAAUUUGAGGAACUUAGAUUUAUCAGAAAAUUUUUAUUUAAGUGGCGAAAUAACAGAAUUUUUCCAGGCCUUAUCGGAAUGCAGUAACAGUAGCCUAGAGGAGUUAUAUUUGGGCAUUAACCAACUCAUUGGGAAUAUCCCUCAUUCUUUGGGAAAUUUAAAACGUUUGAGAGAGCUUGACCUUGACAGCAACGCAUUCUCCGGUUCAAUUCCAUCAUCUAUACAAAAUUUGUCCCGUUUGGAGAUAUUGUACCUCGAAGACAACAAGAUGAAUGGAACCAUCCCAGAAUCAAUUGGACAACUUUCUGAGCUGAAAGAGUUGCAUCUCUCCGGGAAUUCUUGGCAAGGGAAUCAGUUGACUGGCAAGAUACCAGAGAAUAUUGGAUCUUUGCACCAAUUAGAAACUCUUGACCUCUCAAGCAACCAUCUUUCAGGUCACAUUCCCCCAAGCAUGUCUUCUAUGACUUUUUUGAGCCAUUUGAACUUGUCAUAUAACAACUUGUCUGGACAAAUUCCAUCAGCCAACCAGUUUCUAACCUUCAAUGAUCCGUCUAUUUAUGAAGGUAACCCACAACUUCAUGGGCCUCCUCCAUUGCCAACAAGUUUCUCAAUGCCAAGUGGGAAUGCAGAACAUAAAGAUCAAGAAGAUGUACAUGUACAUAACAAUGGUGAAGAUCAAUUUGAAAAUUUAUGGUUUUACCUAAGUAUUGCGCUAGGUUUCAUUGUGGGAUUUUGGGUUGUUUGUGGUAGCUUGUUGAUAAAGAAGUCUUGGAGACAGACUUACUUCUGUUUUGCUGAAAAAAUGAAAGACAGGCUUUUAGUGGUCAUUGCAUUGAAUAUGGCUCAUCUGCAAAGGAAGAUUCAAGCAGAAAGACAUUGA